UGACUUCCUUCCUGUUCUAACUGCCAGUACGCAGAAGUCAGAGUUGAGAGACAGAGGCACCCCGGACAGAGACGUGAAGCACUAAAUAUCAAAAUGACCGAGAAUGCUCCCGAGCCCCACCUUGAGGAGGAUGAGGAUGAUCUGGACGGCAAGCUCAACUACAAGCCUCCACCUCAGAAGUCCUUGAAGGAGCUGCAGGAGAUGGACAAAGACGAUGAAAGUCUAACCAAGUACAAGAAAACGCUGCUGGGAGACGGCCCUGUGGUAGCAGACCCAACAGUCCCCAACGUCACUGUCACUCGGCUUACCCUGGUUUGUGAGAGUGCCCCCGGACCAAUCACCAUGGACCUUACUGGGGAUCUCGAAGCCCUCAAAAAAGAAACCUUUGUGCUAAAGGAAGGUGCUGAAUAUAAAGUCAAAAUUCACUUCAAAGUGAACAGGGAUAUCGUGUCAGGCCUGAAAUAUGUUCAGCACACCUACCGGACUGGGGUGAAAGUGGAUAAAGCUACAUUCAUGGUUGGCAGCUACGGGCCCCGGGCAGAGGAAUAUGAGUUCCUCACUCCCACUGAGGAGGCUCCCAAGGGCAUGCUGGCCCGAGGGACAUACCACAACAAGUCCUUCUUCACGGAUGACGACAAGCACGACCACCUCACCUGGGAGUGGAACUUGUCCAUUAAGAAGGAGUGGACAGAAUGAGUGCACCGCCCCAGCCCGUUCCCCCUCUUGCCACCUAGAAGAAUCUCCAGCCGUGUCCACCACCCUGCCCCUCCUCCCAGUCUACAGCUGGGUCGCUAACCAUCAUGGCCCUUACUGCCAUCUUUUCUGCCCUGUCUCUCCCAGUGCUCCCCAGCAGAGGAGGCCUUAACUGGGCCUUCAACCUGCCUGCCUCCAUCGGGUGGAUAUUCCCCACUCUCCGUCUCAAUACACCAUUUUCAGUGUUUGCCUCCCUCAUUCCCACUGGAGCACCUAGAGGCAGGGAAGCAGGCAAGCCAUCACUAACAGUCCCUUUGUCUCCGUUCCCAUCCUCAUUCCCAUCCCUGGAUUCCUCUGGGGUUGCUGCUGGCCCAUCACAUCCCUAGUCACGUCCCCUGCCGGGUGGGGUCCUUCUUUUGUGGGAGACACUGUAAACAAUGCUAGAUAGUAAGAAUAAAACAACUGUUUGUUCUGCCGA